UGGGAUUUCCAUCACCCUAUUGGUCGACUGGGAUUUUGGGGCUUGUCGCUGCACCGAUGGUGAAGCCGGACGGACGUAUCGGUGGUGUUAUUGUUUCUGAAUGAAAAACCAAGGAAUGUGGCAACAACCCAACGUUGCACACAAAAUAUACUUAAACUGUUAAUAUUUAUGUUAUUAAGUAUAAUGUUACGGAAAAUGUAAUGUGUGUUUUGUUGUAGUCCUAUUUUAUUAGCCAGCAUGGCAGUCUUGUGAGUUGUAGCUAGUAGUAGGGCAUUCAGGCCUUGUGUAGUACCGCUUGUCGAUUUUAACAAUAGCCGAAGUACACUCACCUCUCCGGGCACACUGUCUCUAUGUAAUUAUCUCCCUGGAAAUACAAUCCCCCCAUUUAUAAAUAUCACAAAACCUGUACCGUUCACAUGGGACGCAGCGUUUGAUGCGACGACAGCGUUUAUAGACAUUUUUUUAUGAAGACUGAUAAUUUUUUAACAUCAUCACACCAGCCUUGGAACACAAUAGGAUCAUGUCCAACGGUGCUGCGGGAAGCGGGGCUUUGACGUGGGUGACCCUCUUUGACAAGAACAAUGCCGCCAAGAAGGAGGAGGCGGAUGGUCGAGCGGACGGCGGGCGAGCUGAUCCGCCCAAGAAGGAGAGCUCCAAGAAGAUGUCCGUGGAGCGUGUAUACCAGAAGAAGACACAGCUGGAGCACAUUCUCCUCCGCCCGGACACCUACAUCGGCUCGGUGGAGCCAGUCACUCAGCAAAUGUGGGUUUUUGAUGAGGAGAUCGGUAUGAACUUGCGCGAGAUCACUUACGUCCCCGGAUUAUAUAAGAUCUUUGAUGAAAUUCUAGUUAAUGCAGCUGACAACAAGCAGAGAGACAAGAGCAUGUCUACCAUCAAAAUUACCAUUGACCCGGAGUCAAACACCAUCUCCAUAUGGAACAACGGGAAAGGAAUCCCCGUGGUGGAGCACAAAGAGGAGAAGAUGUACGUCCCCGCCCUGAUCUUCGGCCACCUGCUCACAUCCAGCAACUAUGACGACGAGGAGAAAAAAGUCACAGGUGGGAGGAAUGGGUACGGCGCUAAACUCUGUAACAUAUUCAGCACCAAGUUCACAGUGGAGACAGCCUGCAAAGAGUACAAACACAGCUUCAAACAGACAUGGCAGAACAACAUGACGAAAGCGAGCGAGCCCAGGAUCAAGUUCUUUGACGGCGACGACUUCACCUGCGUCACAUUCCAGCCGGACCUGGCCAAGUUCAAAAUGGAGAAGCUGGACAAGGACAUUGUCGCGCUCCUCACGCGCAGGGCCUACGACGUGGCUGGCUCCUGCAGGGGUGUCAAGGUCAUGCUCAACGGAAAGAAGCUGCCUGUGAACGGCUUCCGCAGCUACGUGGACCUGUACGUGAAGGACAAGCUGGACGAGACGGGCGUGGCCCUGAAGGUAGUGAACGAGUCGGUGAACGAGCGCUGGGAGGUGUGCCUCACCAUGAGCGAGAAGGGCUUCCAGCAGAUCAGCUUUGUCAACAGCAUCGCCACCACCAAGGGUGGUCGGCACAUUGAUUAUGUCGUGGACCAAAUUGUGGCGAAACUCAUUGAGGUGGUGAAGAAGAAGAACAAAGCUGGUGUGUCUGUGAAACCAUUCCAGGUCAAGAACCACAUUUGGGUGUUUGUGAAUGCACUGAUCGAGAACCCAACCUUCGACUCUCAGACCAAGGAAAACAUGACUCUUCAUACCAAAAGCUUUGGUUCCAAAUGUGCACUCUCUGAAAAAUUCAUACGAGCAGCUACAAACUGCGGCAUAGUGGAGAGCAUUCUGAACUGGGUGAAGUUCAAAGCUCAGACGCAGCUGAAUAAAAAGUGCUCUUCAGUCAAACACAGCAAGAUCAAAGGCAUACCCAAGCUGGACGACGCUAACGAUGCCGGUGGGAAGCACUCAUCCGACUGCACACUGAUCCUGACCGAGGGAGACUCAGCCAAAUCGCUGGCCGUCUCGGGGCUGGGCGUGAUCGGGCGAGACCGCUAUGGGGUCUUCCCCCUAAGGGGCAAAAUCCUGAAUGUACGAGAGGCCACGCACAAACAGAUCAUGGAAAAUGCAGAGAUCAACAACAUCAUCAAGAUCGUGGGCCUGCAGUACAAGAAGAGCUACGACGACCCCGACUCCCUGAAAACUCUACGAUAUGGCAAGAUCAUGAUCAUGACCGAUCAGGAUCAAGACGGCUCGCACAUCAAGGGCUUGCUCAUCAACUUCUUCCACCAUAAUUGGCCGUCCCUGCUCAAACACACGUUUUUAGAGGAGUUCAUCACGCCCAUCGUCAAGGCCACCAAGAACAAACAGGAAGUUUCCUUCUACAGCAUUCCAGAAUUUGAAGAGUGGAAGAAACAGACAGAGAACCACAAAACGUGGCACAUAAAGUACUACAAAGGUUUGGGUACAAGCACAAGCAAAGAGGCAAAGGAGUAUUUUGCCGACAUGGAGAGACAUCGGAUCACGUUCAAGUAUGGAGGCACAGAGGACGAUGCUGCCAUUACUUUGGCCUUCAGCAAGAAGAAGACGGACGACAGGAAAGAGUGGCUGACUAACUUCAUGGAGGACAGACGACAGAGGAGGAUGCACGGCCUGCCCGAGCAAUACCUGUACGGCACCUGCACACGCCACCUGUCCUACAACGACUUCAUCAACAAAGAGCUCAUUCUCUUCUCCAACUCCGACAAUGAGAGGUCCAUCCCGUCCCUUGUCGAUGGUAUGAAGCCAGGCCAGAGGAAGGUGCUGUUCACCUGUCUGAAGAGGAAUGAUAAGAGGGAGGUGAAGGUUGCUCAGCUGGCUGGCUCAGUAGCAGAGAUGUCUGCAUACCACCAUGGCGAGCAAGCUCUGAUGAUGACCAUCGUGAAUUUGGCCCAGAACUUUGUGGGUAGCAACAAUGUAAACAUCCUGCAGCCAUUGGGUCAGUUUGGCACCCGCAUCAACGGGGGCAAAGACGCAGCCAGCCCUCGUUACAUUUUCACCAUGCUCAGUCCUCUCGCCAAGCUGCUGUUCCCUGCUGUGGACUCCAACCUGCUGAAGUUCCUUUAUGAUGACAACCAAAAGGUGGAGCCAGAGUGGUACAUACCCAUAAUCCCCAUGGUGCUGGUGAACGGAGCCGAGGGCAUCGGUACCGGCUGGGCCUGCAAGAUCCCCAACUACGACCCACGAGAGAUAGUCAACAACAUCAACCGCAUGCUGGACCACCAGGACCCCCUGCCUAUGCUCCCCAGCUAUAAGAACUUCAAGGGAGUGAUCCAUGAGCUGGGGCAGAACCAGUACAUGGUCAGUGGUGAGGUCUCUGUGCUGGACAAGAACACCGUUGAGAUCACAGAGCUUCCGAUUCGCACCUGGACACAGGCAUAUAAGGAGUCUGUGCUGGAGCCCAUGCUCCAGGGCACGGAGAAGACACCGGCACUCAUCACGGACUACAAGGAGUACCACACGGACGCCACAGUGAAGUUUGUGGUGCGCAUGACGGAGGAGAAGCUUGCCCAGGCCGAGGCGGCAGGUCUCCACAAGGUCUUCAAGUUGCAGUCGUCUCUCACCUGCAACUCCAUGGUGCUGUUUGAUCACAUGGGCUGUCUGAAGCGUUACGAGUCCGUGCAGGAGAUCCUGAAGGAGUUCUUUGAGCUGCGCUUGCACUAUUACAAACUGAGGAAGGACUGGCUGGUCGGCAGCCUGGGCGCCGAGUCAGCGAAACUUUCCAACCAGGCCCGCUUUGUGCUUGAGAAGAUCGAAGGGAAGAUUUCGAUCGAGAACAAGACCAAGAGGGAUCUGAUCCGGAUGUUGGUGCAGAGGGGUUAUGAAUCAGACCCCGUGGCCGCCUGGAACAAAGCCCAGGAGAAGGCAUUGGAGGACGAGGAUCACGACGGCCAUGAGAGUGACAGCUCCCUGAACUCGGGCUCCUCCUCAGGUCCCAACUUCAACUACAUCCUCAACAUGCCCCUGUGGUGCCUGACCAAGGAGAAGGUUGAUGAGGUCCUCAAGCAGAGAGACAUAAAGAAAGGAGAAUUGAAUGAACUGCAGAGGAAGGUUCCAGAGGAUCUGUGGAGGGAAGACCUGGCCGUGUUUAUUGAGGAGUUGGAUCGGGUGGAGGAGCAGGAGCGGGAGAAUGCCAGUCUGGGCCAGGGCGUAAAGUUGGUCAAAGGGAAAGUGGGCAAGCCCAAGGUGAAGAAGGUGCAGCUGGAGGAGACGCUGCCGUCACCCUUCGGCCGCCGCGUGGAGCCCCAGAUCACACUGGCCAUGAAGGCCGACGCCUCCAAGAAGAUGACCAAGAGGAAGAAGGGCGAUGCGGACCUGGCAGUGAAGAUAGAGUUUGACGAUGACGGUAUGGUGGACUCCAACGGGGCGACAGGAGACUCGCUCAUUUCCCCAUCGGGCCUGCCCAACCCCGCCGCCAAGCCCAAGGCUCCGCGCAUCAAGAAGGAGAAGAAAGAACCUGGUGCCCCCAGGCAGAGGAAGACUCCAGGCACAGCGAAGGGUGCGGCCAAAAAGGCGAAGAAGCGAAACCCCUGGUCGGACGACGACGACGACAAGUCCGACAGCGACCUGGACGAGAGCGAGCAGCCCAUCAUCCCGCGAGACACAACGUCACGGAGAGCGUCAGCUGUGAAGGCGAAGUACACAUUUGACUUCUCCGAGGAGGAGGAAGAGGAAGAGGACGGCGAGGAAGACCUGGAGAAUGAUGCUCCAGUCUCGCCGGAGCACUCCUACAAAGACAGCUUCCCCACGGUGCAGAACAACAACGAGGACGAGGAGGACGAGGACGACAUAUUUCCCCCUAAGCCCACUUUGACAUCUUCUGCUUCAGAAACCAAGAAGAAGGAGACAGGGAGUAUAUUCCCCUCAUCCAAAUUCGCCUCCUCAGAGAAAAGUAGUGACAGCGAAGUGAAGUCAGACAGUGACGAGGACAGAGGAAUCUUCUCAUCAUACACCAGCAGCUCAGCUUUUGAGAAGCCUUCUCCAGCUAAAAAAGCUAAGAAGCCAUCUGAAGCAGCAGCCAAGCCACGCAAAGCACCAGCCAAACCCAGGAAGCCCGACACCUUCGUCUGGGACUCAGACUCAGACACGGCAGCGAAGAAGCCCCUGGCAGCGCCCAAAGGCCCAAGCAAAGGCAGGGGGAGGAAGAGGAAGAUGUCCGGCUCCGAAGAAGAUGAGUACCGGCCCAUGAAGAAGACAGGAAAGGCUCCAAGCAGCCGGAAACCGAAAAAGCCAGCUUCCGAUGUGGACGAUGAAGACGUGAGUAGUAACAGCUUCAGCCGCAUGGACCCGACUAGAGACCGGCCGGGCCGGGCCAAGAAAGAGGUCAGAUAUUUUGCGGAGUCUGACGACGAUGACAUGUUUGACUAGGUCACGUACCAAUACAUGUACACACACGAACACACUCGCUUGUGGUAAUAACUCCUGUCCUUCGUCCUGAAGACUUUUGUACAUUUUUUUUCUUCCUGGUUUUAUUUUUUCUUUAAUUGUGAUGUUAAAUGCUUUCUACUGUGUAGUUGUUUUACACUUUUUAUUAUUGAUAUAAUUAUUAUUAUUAUUAUUGUUAUACAUACAGUUUUGUUUUUUUUCCAUUGGAAUGUAUUUGUCAUAACCGGCUUUUAGAAAUUUAGACUGCUGUGCUCUAGCACAUUUUAACUGUUGAAAGUAAGAGACAGUGUACCUUUUGAGAUGAACUUGGAAAUAAACAUGAAAUGUAAAAUG